AUGGCGGACGCGCAGCUCACGGAGGAGGAGUUGCAGCAAAGCGUCAUGCAGUCGGAACGAAACGCCGGGGCGGUGCAGGACAACCUCGAUGGCGAUGUGGAGAUGAGCAACGACAGUCCGUUCACUUCCCCAAGUCAUAUUGACGUUGGUUCUGGGUCUGUGGACGGAGAUGGGGAGGACGAGGACAUGGGUGAAGAGGAGGAGCACAAGGAGGAAUACGACGACAAUGAAAACGCUGCGCAACAAGACGAGGACCACACUGACAGUAGCGAAUCGGAAGAAGACGAUGACGACGGCGACGUUUUCGAAGAGGAUGCCGAGGGAGAGGGGGACGAUAUCCCGGUAACUCAAAACCGCCGCCCACAACGAAGGUCAGCCAGCAUGGCGAACGGUCACGAUGACGAUGAAGACGACGAAGACGAAGGUGUCGGCGCAGUCAAAAUAAAGCCUGGCGAGACGGAUGAUGAAGAUGACAGCGGCGUCUCCUCGGCGAGCUUAGCUAGCUCCACCGACGCCGAAUCAGACGAGGAGGCGGAAUGGGAGCCUGCCGAUAAUGGCGAUGCUGAUGAGGAUGACGAGCUCGAAAAUACCGCUGGCCUUUGCAUCUUUUGUAAGCAGGACGAGGAACAUGAUCCGAGCGAGGAGUUCGAGGUAUUCUUGGCCUGCAUUAAGUGUGGGGAUAACGCUCCCGAGACAUGGAAAUGCCCCGGGUGUGCAGACGAGUCGGAUUCGAACAGCGCCGCUGAGUCGGGCGAGGAGGCUGAGCUGAACGGAGGCACUGAUGAAGGGGGAGCCUCCGCUCCCAGGCGGCCUACGGCUCCAAACCUCGCCCGUGACUUACUACCCCCGCAAAAGGGGGUAAUGAAACCCGACUCCCACUCUGUUUUCAACCAGUUGGUUCUCGACGAAGACCCUAUGGAUGGAUCUCGUGUCCUUAGGAAGCGCAAAACGUCUUCGAUCGAAGCGGACGAAAGUAUUAUUGGCCUACGCAAACGGCGGAGAAACACGGGUGAUGACCAGAGCAACGAUGGUGUAGCAACAGGCCAGAAGGACUCUUCCAGGCCGGUCUCGAGAUCCUUGCGUUUGAAGAUUCCAAGCCACUCCGCAUCCAUCGUCAAGAUGACGCGCCAUAGCGUUCUCGUCAAGUUGCGAGUAAACCCGUCGGAACUCCGCCAAAUCCUGUCCCAAAGGCCAAAGGGCCAGAAGAAGCGCUCGAGCCGGUCCCGGAGGCGAACGUCGAGGAGCGAAUCGACCCGCGCCGCACCUUUGCCCCUGAGUGCAAUUGCAACACCCUUCACACCCAGCGCGUACUCGCAACCGUUCUAUUCGUUCUACGACAAGGAGACGGACGAACUAAAAGGGAAACCUUACGGCGGAAUUCUCAGCGAAGCGGAGGCUGAUACCUCCAAAACUAUGCCGACAAGCGAAGAUCGUCGGCGUUUCGACGAAGCGAAGCAAAAAGCGGAAGAGGAGUGGCGACAGCGCUUGCUCAAGAUGCAGACCGAGGUCGAGGCUCCCACCAAAAAGUCGAGGAAGGCGUCAGGUCCUGCCAGCCAGAUCGAGUGCAUCGAGUUUGGCGGCUGGGAGAUUGAUACCUGGUACGCGGCUCCUUACCCGGAAGAGUACAGCAGAAAUCGCGUCCUUUACAUCUGCGAAUUCUGUCUCAAAUAUAUGAACUCGGACUAUGUGGCUUGGCGCCACAAGCUCAAAUGCCCAGCCAAACACCCUCCAGGAGACGAGAUUUACAGGCACGGCUCAGUGUCGGUCUUUGAGGUCGACGGCCGCAAGAAUCCGGUGUACUGUCAAAAUCUCUGUCUCCUGGCGAAAUUAUUCCUUGGUUCUAAGACCCUGUACUACGACGUGGAGCCAUUCCUCUUUUACGUUCUUUGCGAGUACGACGACUUAGGUUAUCACUUUGUCGGGUAUUUCUCCAAAGAGAAGCGCGCAAGCAGCCAGAACAAUGUCUCCUGCAUUCUUACACUUCCCAUUCACCAACGCAAAGGGUAUGGAAACCUGUUGAUCGACUUCUCCUACCUCUUGACCAGGGUAGAGAAGAAGACUGGUUCCCCGGAGAAGCCGCUCUCCGACAUGGGUUUGGUUUCUUACAGGAACUACUGGCGGCUGGUGAUGUGCCGUUACCUCUUGUCUCACUUUUCCGAAGAGAGCUCGGGCAAGGCAGGCCUGAGCAUCAAACAGAUCUCGGACGACACCGGACUGACGCCGGACGACGUAAUUUCGGCUUUGGAGGGGCUGAGGUGCUUGGUACGAGACCCGCAAACACAGCUCUACGCUUUCCGCAUCGACUUCCAGUACUGUCGGGAAUAUGUCGCGAAGUGGGAAGCAAAGAAGUAUGUGCAGCUCAACGAAAAAGCCCUGACAUGGACGCCGUAUGUCAUGGGCAGAAGCAACGCGACAAACUUCGAGCUGGGUCCUGCUCUGACCGCAAUUGCCCCGCGAGAAGAGGAAGAGGAGGUAAAAUCGGCUGUUGCGACGGAGCAGCCUCUGGUUAACGGUGAUCAGUCGACUCAGCCAGACAUUCCUGCCGAACAGACAAGCUCAAACAUUGUUCCCGAGCCUGCCGUGCUUCAAUCCACCGAGCCCAGCGAGCCACCGCAACAUAUUGAACCCACUGAACCUACUGGGCUGAUGGAAGGCACACAUAUUGGCACUGACAACGCUGUCAACGGCAUUAAAUUGAACGGUAGCCUCACCGAGUGUGAAUCCGCAGAACAAAAGACCCAGCCAAAAGUCGAGCUCGAGCCUCGGCCGGCCACGACGACGGCAGGCAGCUGGAUGGACCAGUAUAAAGACGUACCCCCCACACGGUUUGAAGUGGUUCCCCCGAUCAACGGCCGCAGAACCGACCGCACAAGGUCAUUCCUACCCCGACCACCUGCAGUGCGAGCUGCCAGCGCCAGCGUCUCCCGCCCAAGGCCGAGACGCUCGGCUGGUUCUCGCCGUUCCAACGCCUCGUCAAGACCGCGGACCAGCAAUAGCAACAGCAAACGCAAGCCGGGCGGUACGGGGCGCGGGCCCGGUCGCUGGCCCAAGGGCACCAAGAAAAGCGACUACGGCAAUGCGUCCAGCGGUCCAGGCCUCCCGCCAGCGUGGAUUGCGGAACGCGCGAGACUUGCAGCGCUGGCUGCGGCGAAAAAAGAGGGCAAAGACGGCGCAGAUGUCAUGGACACUGUGCAGGUGCAGUCGCCUACCGUACAGGAGGGCAGCAAGAUGCAAAAGGGAGAGGGCAAGGGGAAUGGCAAGGACAAGGGAAAGGAGAAUGCGGAUGUGGAAAUGCAGGAUGCUGAGGGCAAGGUAGAUGCGUGAGGUUCUUCUGGCUGGGUUUGACUGGUUACCAGGAAAGGGAAGGGAUACCACGGCGUUUUCCUUGGGUCGUUCGCGGCAUUGUGCUUUGGGGAAGGGCAAUCUGAUUCAAUUCUCUUUUCCUCCGCGAUAUGUAGGAACGAUGAUUCUUGUUUU